AUGGCCUCUCCUCCCUACGCCUCCUCACCCUCAGCCAUGUCACCUCCAUACCCAUCGCCAGCGCAAAUCCCCAACAAGAAGCGCUCGUCAACCCUCGACGUAAACAACCCUUCAAAGCGCCGCAAGCCCUCGAACCUCUCGCAAACCUCCAACUCUGCAGCCGCAGUCAACCACCCUCUCCGCCAGACCUCUUUCCCCCCAGAGGCCCGAUCCCCGUACCCUCGCUCCCCAUCCGUCGACGCAUCCUCACACGUGAGUGGAAGCGCAGUAAGCGUCACGGCCAGCGGCGCGCCAAAGAAGAAACGCGGCCGGAAAGCAAAGAACGCGAAGCAGGAUGAGGCGCGUGAGCAGACACCCAGCCUCGUAGGAGGCCGCGCUCCUACAGCCGUCAGCGGACAGGGCGGAGAUAAGGAAGACGACGACGAAGAUGACGAAAAGGCAGAGAUGGCGCUGGAGGAUGUGGUUGCGAGGACACAGGAGCAGAAGCAGGAGGAGAUUCGUCUACGUGCAAUGCUUGUUGAGGCCUUCGACAGCCAGCAGUAUAACCGAUACGAGCUUUGGCGCGCAGCCAAGCUCGCCGACUCUGUCGUCAAACGAGUGGUCAACGCGACCGUGUCGCAAUCCGUUCCGCAAAACGUCAGCACAGCCGUCAAAGCCGUUGCCAAGCUCUUUGCCGGUGAGAUCAUCGAGGCCGCCCGCAACGUGCAGGCCGAGUGGAUAGCAACAGGAGAGAAGCAGAGCGAGCUCCCAACACCGCCCCCCUCCAACAACGACGCAGCCGCCGAGGAAGAAGAGGCAGACCUGAAGCGCGGGCCCCUGCGUCCUGACCACCUGCGUGAGGCAUGGCGUCGCUACAAGCUGUCGGGAGAGAGCCGUGGAGUGGGCGUGCAGCAGCUCUGGCAUGCGCAACAGGCCGAUGGUGUCGACCGCUUCUCGACACGCACGGGAAAGCGGCUCUUCAAGUGA